GUCCCAAUAAAGAGAACAGACAAGAUUUACACACUUUUAUGAAGCUGAUCUUGGUAUUGAGGGACACUGCGUUCUUUACAAGCAGAGGACGAGGCGAAAAGAAACAGCCGGGAUGCUUUGGGUACCCACUGAGCAUUUUCUUUAUUGUCAUCAAUGAGUUCUGUGAAAGGUUUUCCUACUAUGGAAUGCGAGCGGUGUUGGUGUUGUACUUCAAAUAUUUUCUGCACUGGGACGAUAACCUUGCCACUGUUAUAUAUCACACCUUCGUUGCCAUCUGCUACCUGACUCCAAUUCUCGGGGCCAUAAUUGCUGAUUCUUGGCUUGGAAAAUUCAAGACCAUUGUAUACCUGUCUAUUGUUUAUACAGUUGGCCAAGUGGUCAUGGCUGUAAGCGCUAUUCAUGAUCUCACUGAUGGAAAUAGGGAUGGGACCCCAGAUACACUUGAAGUCCAUGUUGCCCUGUCAGUUAUUGGCCUUCUCCUCAUUGCUUUGGGCACAGGAGGAAUCAAACCUUGUGUAGCAGCCUUUGGAGGAGACCAGUUUGAGGAGAACCAGGACAAGCAGAGAAGUCAGUUCUUUUCUAUAUUUUAUCUUUCAAUCAACGCAGGAAGUCUUCUCUCAACUAUUAUAACACCUAUCCUCCGAGGUCAAGAGUGUGGUAUUCACAGCCAGCAGAAGUGCUACCCACUGGCAUUUGGUGUCCCCGCUGCCCUUAUGGUUGUUGCUCUAGUUGUUUUUAUCGUUGGAAGCUCAAUGUACAAAAAAGUUUCUCCCCAGGGCAACAUCAUAGUGAAGGUUUCCAAGUGUAUUGGUUUUGCUAUCCGCAACAGAUACAGGAAUCGCAGUAAGUCAAUACCAAAGAGAGAGCACUGGUUGGAUUGGGCAAAAGAAAAGUAUGAUGAGCGUCUCAUUGCUCAGAUUAAGAUGGUCUUAAAGGUCCUUUUUCUCUACAUUCCUCUGCCAAUGUUCUGGGCUCUCUUUGACCAGCAGGGAUCAAGAUGGACUCUCCAAGCAACCACAAUGGAUGGGAAUUUUGGUGCAAUUCAGAUUCAGCCGGAUCAGAUGCAGACUGUUAAUCCUAUUCUGAUCAUUGUUCUCGUGCCAAUCUUUGAUGCAGCCGUGUACCCCCUUAUAAGGAAAUGCAAACUGGAUUUCACACCUCUAAAAAGAAUGACAGUGGGAAUGUUUCUUGCUGCCAUGGCGUUUGUUGCUGCUGCUCUUGUCCAAAUAGAAAUAGAUAAAACUCUGCCAACUUUCCCAUCUAGCAAUGAGUUUCAACUAAAAGUUAUAAAUUUAGGUACAAAAGAUCUUAAUGUCACCUAUGUGGCGAACACAGCAGAUUCUGCAUUGAUACCUCCAUUUAAGGCAAAUGAAUAUCAUACCCUUGAACAGUCCAGUAGUGUUACCUUUGCCUAUGGAACAAACACCCCACAACCUUUUCCCCUACAAGAUCUUGCAGAACAGACCCGCUACACUUGUGUAGUGAAGGAUGAUGGAACAGCUAUCCAAGCAAAUGUGUUUGAAGACAUUAGUGCCAAGCCAGACCAAGGCAGCAACGCAAUCAGAUUUGUCAACGGUAUGCAAGAACCUAUCAACGUAACACUCAACGCAGUUUCUCUGGGACAGCUGAUGCCAUUGCAAAUAUCCAAUUAUACCAUGCAAAAGCUAGGAAUAAAAGAAAUUGAAGUUUUUACGGCGAGUGGAAAAACAUGGAAAGUUGAAUCAAUUAAAUUUGGCUUUGGUAGCUCAUAUACCAUAAUCAUUAAGGAGGGUAACACAGAACUACAAGUUGAGUAUGUUGAAGACAUUCAACCCAACACUAUUCACAUGGCUCUUCAGAUCCCACAGUACUUCCUUAUUACAGCUGGCGAGGUUGUAUUUUCAGUCACUGGCCUGGAGUUUUCAUACUCUCAGGCUCCUUCCAACAUGAAAUCUGUUCUCCAAGCUGGGUGGCUGUUGACUGUAGCUGUUGGAAAUAUCAUUGUCCUUAUUGUGGCUGGGGCAUCACACAUUAGUCAACAGUGGGCAGAGUAUGUGCUCUUUGCUGCUCUCCUGGUAGCUGUUUGUAUCAUCUUUGCUGUCAUGGCCUACUUCUACACUUAUGUGGAUCCUGCCGAGAUUGAAGCUCAGUUUGAUGAAGAAGAAAAGAAAAAGAAUGCAAAGGAAAUAGAGGCAAUGGGUGUUCAAAAUGGAGAUGGACCUUAUUCACAAACAAAAAUGUAAUGUGGGAUGAUGAUAUCAAAAACCUGUAAAUAUACCGUUUGUCAUUUGGGAAAUACCUUGUUGCCUGGAAAUCAAACUAAUGAUAACGCUGGAGUGCAAUGUGAGAGAUCAAGUGGAAAGCAUUUGGCGCCAGCGCUUACCUUCUGGAGAUCGCCGCUCUGCAUAAUUUGUUUUCAGAUACAAAAUAUUGAAAUAUGACAAUGAUCCUUUGAGAUUCCUAUAAAAAGAAAACAAAUAAAGAGCGAUAAUUUAUUGUU